UUUUUCUACAAUACCAAUUUAUAUACUGUCAUGUCGAUUUUCCAAAACAUCCUAACUGCCCUUACAGAACCAAUUAAUGUGAGGAAAAGAGGACGACCAAGGAAGAAUACCAGACGUAGACAAAGUAUGAACAAUAAAAAACUUAAUGAACCAAUUAGUUCUCCUGCUGCGCAAAGUCCAGCAGACAUUGGAGAAACAAUUGUCGAGCCACCAGAUCACGAAGAAAACGAGGCUGCACCACCUCCUAGUAAUACACCAGAUCAGAACAACUCAACCACAAUCAGAGAAGAAUCCGUUCCAAUCAAAAUUGAACCUGUCAGUGAUGACUACUUCUUAAGUCAUUCAAGAAUUGUUAACAACAAUCCUUAUCUUUAUAAAGAUUAUAACAACGUCUACCAAAUCAUCAAUUCAGACGAGGGUUUGUGCUGUAGCGCAUGUAUGAAGCCUUGCUCGAUUGUAGAUUUCUACAACCAUAUCGCUAAAGACCAUAAAAUGCCACCAACGGAAAUAGCCUGGGGUAGUUUCUUUACACCUGUAUUAUUACCAGUAAACCACAAAGAGUUUCCAACAAAACCAGCGGAACCUCUUUAUAACUAUACCCCUUAUCCUGAACUCGAAGAAGGUAAAGAUAAACCCAACCCAUGUGCCGUGGCAGCCAAACUGGAUGCCUUAAAGGAGAAUUCAACAGAGGCCAUGGAGGACAAUACAAUGGAGGCCAUGGAGGACAAUACAAUGGAGGCCAUGGAGGACAAUACAAUGGAUGCCUUGGAAAAUUCAAUGGAACCAGCAGCUGAAUUGCCUGCAUUAAUUGAAAUUGAAACACCAAUACCUGCCAGAAUCCAAACACCAAUGCCUACCGAAAUCGAGGCACCUACCGGAAUCGAAACACCAAUGGCUACUGAAAUCGAAACACCAAUGCCUAUGGAAAUCGAAAACCCAGUCGUUGCCGAAGUCGUAACACCAGUCGUUGCCGGUAUCGAAACACCAGUGAUUAUGGAGGUCGAAACACCAGUGGUCGCUGAAGUCGAAACACCAAUGAAUACCCAAACUAAGCCAUCAAGAUAUUAUUGUCAAAUCUGUAAUAUGUCCUAUGUAAGGUUAGGAUAUCUGAAGCGACAUCUCUUCGACAAGCAUAAUAUCGCACAUUCGCCAAUCAGACAGACUGACACACGACGACGACAUUCUUUGAAUCGUCCCGAUAAGGUCAAGGAAGCCAAUUUGACAUCAACCUCCCAAACCGCACCCUCUUCCUCCCAAACCGCACCCUCUUCCUCCCAAACCGCACCCUCUUCCUCCCAAACCGCACCCUCUUCCUCCCAAACCGCACCCUCUUCCUCACAACCCAACUUGGAUCUACCGAAUGAAGAUGACCCUGAUUUCUACUGUCGUGUUUGCGAUCGAAAAUGUAUCACCGGCCAAGCUUUUCGUAUCCAUAUCCGCAGGGUCCACAAUGUUAAACUUCGACAUGAUUCAAUCAGAACAUAUCGAAAUCCAGGCAUAACUCCUGAUCCGCAUGAUCCGAAUUUAGAAUGUGGUGCCUGUGAGAGACAAUUCGCAAACGGCAGGACGUACUUUACUCACCUAAAAUUCGUACACGACAUGAGCUUCAGUGUGGAGGAGGCAAGACAGAUAAAAGCCAUCGAGUUACACCCCACCAAGAGAAGGAUCGCAAUUUAUAACCCUCGUAGGCAGUGCGUGGAAAAUAUUAUUCCUGACCAGACUGAUCCGCUCAACUAUUGUGGAGCCUGUGACCGAAAGUAUUCAAUAAGCACACCUCGGCAUUAUAUAGACAUUCAUGGUUUUGUGUCUCAGCAUGGCCCCGGAUACAGAUGUGUAUUAUGCGCAGAACAAUUGGAGACCAGGGAGGAUUACGGCAAUCAUCUUAAACGUACCCACCGAAAGAAGUUGGCGGAUAGGGCAACCGUCGAUGAUUUCAAAUGUCGAUUAUGUGCCACAGAAUUCACAAGAAAAGUUGAUCUAUCAAACCAUCUGGUGGCUAUUCACGGAUUAAAUCCAACUUUUAAGCACACAUUUACAUCCGACAAAGUUCGUUCUGCAUGCAUGUAUUGUAAUGAGGUAGAAUUAAAUGCAUGCGCCUUAGGAAUACAUAUUAUAUCCAAGCAUGGCGUUCCAUUCGUAUACGAUCAAGUUAAUUACUGUUGUAACUUGUGUGGUGAAAAAAGCCGUUCUGAAAUCAAGUACAGGGAACAUUUAGUUCUUACUCAUAGAAUCGGUAGAUUCCCAGAUGAAGAAGGUAUCGAUAUUCACAACAGAGCGAAACCCUACGGUAAAAAUGUUAUGAUUGGUUUUCACGAUGAGACGGAAAAAUCUAUGGGAAGAAAGUUAAACAAAAGAAAACUAUCGGAUGAAGAUCAAUCUUACAGGCCAUCAAAACGACCAGAUAUUAAGGGACUCGAUCCAAUUAAUUUGAGAAGGAAGGCAACCUCAAGUCGUCAUUCAAAAACAACAAAUAACACCAUUGAUCUCUCAGCAACCCAUUGUCAGAUUUGCGAUCUCACCUUCAACACAAAUGUUCACUAUCGAUUGCAUUGUUACAAAUACCAUUAGGAAUAAACAAUUUAUUAUAUUGUAUUACUUUUUUCGUAUUCUUCAAUUAUGGCCUUAAGGCCAAAACUUUCUUCACAAACAAAGUGCGCGUCUUUCUUUUUUAAAAAAUACUUCGGAGUUGCAAAUAAAAAGCUGUCUGAAAGUGUUCAAACUUCAGACGAAUCAAAAUUUA